AUGCGCGACACCUCCGACCCGGACCUCGCGGCCCUCCUCGCCGCAGAGAACGCGUAUGCCGACGCCUUCGUCGGCUCGUCAGGUGGCGGCGGCCUUCGCGCGCGCCUCGCCGCCGAGAUGCGCGCCCGUCUGCCCGCUUCCGCCACCACACCGCCUCAGCCCUGGGGCCCUUGGUUGUAUUAUCAGUAUGUUCCAGAGGGAAAGGAAUACCCUGUUUUAUCUAGGAAGCUGAGGCCUUCUAGUGGUCUGGUAGGAACUCUGCUUGAUUACCUUUCUGGUUCAGAGAAGGAGCAAGUGUUGCUUGACUGGAACGAGGUUGCAGAAAAAAAUGGUUAUGUCCACAUUGGGACUUGUCGAGUCUCUCCAGAUCAUAGGUUUCUUGCAUAUACAGUUGAUACAUCUGGGGGUGAACUAUUUUCCCUUGAAGUGAAAGAUCUUCUGUCUGAGCAUGUCAUCUUUAGUCCACCAAACAAGGGAAUAGUUUUUGUGAUCGAAUCUGAUAAUCUAAGAGAAGGCUUAUGGCCUAUACGGAAACGUGUUGACAAAGUUCAGUACUUUUUGGAGCACCACAACGGGUUCUUUUACAUUCUUACCAAUGCUCCUGUAAAUGAUACCGAAACGACAACUGAAGGCUACUAUCUGGCCAGGUGUAGGGCUGAAAAGUCACUGGUGGAUAGAUGGCAGAUUGUGACGUUACCUACGCCGGACUGCACCAUUCAGGAUAUGGACAUUUUUCAUGAUAAUUUAGUUCUCUAUCUUCAAAAGAAUGGGACUCCUCUUUUUUGUUCCAUCAAUAUGCCAAUUGAUGUUGAUGUUCAGGAGCCAAAGGAACUUGAUGAUCUCAAUCCAUGGUUUUUCCCCAUACCGUCAGAGUUAUGCAGCAUUGUUGCUGGAUCCAACAAUGAUUUCAUGUCAUCUACUUAUCGGCUAGUUGUUUCAUCACCUGUGAUACCAGACUUAACUGUGGACUAUGAUUUGAGAAAAAAGACUUUCACCAUCCUUAAUCAAGAGGAAGUAACUACCCUCUCUGCAAAUCUAGGCAGCCUGGGCUUUCAAUCCAAUGCUUCAAGCAUCCAACAAAACCUGCAUCUUGUUGAAAAUUCACAAAGUUGGAGUGAUCUUUCCAAGCUAUUCUCAUGUCAAAGGAUUGAAGUUAUAUCACAUGAUGGUGUUUCAAUACCUUUAGUCAUCCUGUAUUCACGGGAAGCACAUUUUCAUGGAGAAUCACCUGGGAUCUUAUACGGUUAUGGAGCUUAUGGAGAAGAUUUGGACAAAAGCUGGUGUUCUGAGAGGUUAAGUCUCCUCUCUCGAGGUUGGGUUCUUGCAUUUGCAGAUGUUAGGGGCACUGGCCAGAUUUACGAUAGUUGUUUUGCCGGUCUUGAAAUUCUAGUUUUCAUCCAAAGGGUGGAAGGGAUUUAUCAUGGCAUCUGGCAGGAACCAAAGCUAGUGGGCGCCGUCAUUAAUAUGCUUCCAGACUUAUUUUCUGCUGCAGUUCUCAAGGUUCCUUUUCUUGAUAUCUGCAACACAAUGUUGGAUCCUACUUUGCCUCUCACUGUCUUGGACUAUGAAGAGUUUGGAGACCCUAAUAUCCCAGCUGAAUUUGAGGCGAUCAGCAGUUAUUCUCCUUAUGAUAACUUAGCACCUGGUGUAUGCUAUCCUCCAGUCCUGGUGACUGCCUCGUUUAAUGAUACAAGGGUAGGAGUUUGGGAAGCUGCUAAGUGGGUUGCAAAAGUAAGAGAUGUCACAUGCAGAUCCUGUUCACAGUCAGUUAUUCUCAAAACUAAUAUGCAAAGUGGCCAUUUUGGUGAGGGUGGGCGUUUCAUGCCCUGUGAUGAGACAGCCUUUGAGUAUACAUUUCUCAUGAAGGCCUUGGAUUAUCAACUUAUGCUUUCAAAAAUAGCACACUUGCAUGCUACUCAUCAACAGUGCAAAGGUGAAGUGUUCAUCACUUCAGGUUAG